AUGGCUGAAACAAACCAAACUGCAAUUUCAGUUGUUGAACCUGAAGAUUUUGUUGAAACUGUGAAUGAAAAUGUUGUGGAUAAUCCAAUUGUCAUCCCAUCUGAAGAUGUCAUUGCUACACCAUCAAAUGAUGUUGGUGCUAUUGGUGUUCCCAUACAUGCUGCACAAAGAUAUGUCGUUAACAUCAAUGGAUUGAUUAAUACAAAAAAACAACCAUUUCACCAUAGUUGUCAAAGUGGUGACACUUUGGAAGGUUCCAAAAGUAUCCAAAAAAACAAAGUCAAGUCUGUUGAAAUGUGUUUGAUCGAUGCUCAGGGAAGCAAAAUUCAAGCAACCAUUCCUGGAAGAAUUGUGAAAGAUUUUGCAAAUUCUUUCAAAGAAGGUUGUGUUAGACGAUUAUUAAGAUUUGACUGUUGUCUCAAUAUUAGUGGGGGAUUCAAGUGUGCUAAGCACGAAUACAAAAUUGUGUUCAUGUCAAACACAAAUGUUGAAGCUGCAUUUGAUUUUGACAUCCCAGAUCAUGUGUUUGAGUUCACACCAUUGGCAGAAGUUACAAACUUUGUGGCCAACUUUGAUUAUUGUUUUGGUGAGAUGAUUUUAAAGUUGUGGUAA